AAACAGCAUCAAAGUCGUCUCCUUCCAUAUAAAAACUAUAUUGAACUGAUCAACCUUCAUUUGAGUCAUCAAUGGAGGAUUUCCAAAGCUACACAAUUCUCUUCCUCAUAUGGCUACUUUCCACCAUCACAAUCCGCUUCAUUUUUGCCAAAACCAAGCCAAACCCUCGCCUUCCUCCAACCCCUUUAGCCCUUCCCAUCAUCGGCCAUCUCCACCUCCUAGGACCCCUACCCCACAAAGCUUUCCACAAGCUCUCGACCCGCCAUGGCCCUCUAAUUCACCUCCGUCUAGGCUCCGUCCCUUGCAUCAUAGUUUCAUCCGCCGAAACGGCAAAACAAGUCCUCAAAACACACGAAUCGUCCUUCUCAAACCGACCCCAUUUGGCUGCAGUUGACUAUCUAACCUACGGCUCGGCGGACUUCUCCUUUGCUCCCUAUGGACGCUAUUGGAAGUUCAUGAAGAAGCUUUGUAUGUCGGAGCUCCUCGGUAGCCGAACGCUCGACAGCCUUGCUCCGAUAAGACAAGACGAGACACGGCGGUUUCUACGGUCAUUACAGACGAAAGCGGUCGAGGGGAAAGAUGUUGAUGUUGGAAGAGAGUUGAUGAGGGCGAGCAACAAUGUGAUAUCGAGAAUGACGUUGGGGAAACGAAGCGCGGAGGAGGAAGAAGAAGCGGAGGGGAUAAGGUUGUUGGUUAAGGAUGUAGCUGAGCUCACUGGGACUUUUAAUGUUGCGGAUUACAUUUGGUUUUGUAAGGGUUUGGACUUGCAAGGGCUUGGGAAGAGGUUGAGGGAAGUUCGUGAGAGGUUUGAUGAGAUGAUGGAGAGGUUGAUAAUGGAGCAUGAAGAGAGCUUGAAGAUGAUGGAAAUGGAGGGAAAUGGUGAUGAGAAAGUGAUGGAUUUGCUUCAUAUUUUGCUUCUUAAGUUUAGAGAUGAAAACUCGGAAGUGAAAUUGACUCGAGAGAAUAUCAAGGCUUUUAUUCUGGAUAUAUUUGCAGCAGGGACAGACGCAUCAGCAAUAACAACAGAAUGGGCAUUGGCAGAGCUAAUCAACCAUCCAAACAUAAUGGAGAAAGCCAGACAAGAACUCCACACAGUUGUAGGAAAGAGCAGACUGGUUGAGGAAUCAGAUAUCACCAACCUUCCUUAUCUCCAAGCAAUAGUAAAGGAGACAUUAAGGCUUCAUUCAAGCCCAUUGAUUGUGAGGGAAUCAACUGAAAGCUGCACAAUAAAUGGCUACGAAAUUCCAGCAAAAACCCAAUUGUACGUGAACAUUUGGGCCAUUGGGAGAGACCCAAAUCAGUGGGAAAGGCCUCUUGAGUUUGAGCCAGACAGGUUUAUGGGCAAAGAAGGGAGUGUGAGCGGUGAUUUGAGAGGGCAGAAUUUUAAUCUGCUGCCAUUUGGGAGUGGUAGAAGAAGCUGUCCUGGAACAACUCUUGCAUUGCUCAUAGUUCAAACUACUUUGGCUUGCUUGGUUCAGUGCUUUGAUUGGAAGGUUAGUGGAGGAGAUGGCGAAGUUGAUAUGGAAGAAGGGCCUGGCCUUACACUUCCUAGGGCUCACCCUUUGAUUUGUGUACCCAUCGCUUGUCUUAGUCCAUUUCCAUCGUUAGCAGAUAUUGUACCGUAAUCUCUCCCACUACCAUG